AUGAGUGGGAAUGCACCUUGUCAAAUAGUUGAAGAAGCUGUUUCACAUCUGAUGCAGAAUAUCAUAAUUGCCAAUAAGUCCGACUACGUAUGUGAAAUUGCUGUUAAGGGUAUUUUCCGUUCGAAGGAAAAACUACGCUUCAAGCUGUCUGUGUUAGCUAUGAAGCCGAAUUUCGAAUUUAAGGUUAAAAAAUCGACGAAGACAUUGUACACCGUUGGAUGUACCAAGCAAGGUUGCAAAUGGGGUUUGCGUGUGAAGAGUAUCCGAGAAGGUGACUCAUUCAUCAUUUCAAAGUUUAAUGAUGUUCACAAGUGCAAACGUGACGUAUUGAACCAUGACCACAGACAAGCUCAGAGUUGGGUGGUUGGUCAGUUAUUGAAGUCCAAUCUGGAGGAUGUCAGCCGUCAGUACAGACCUAAGGACAUUAUUAAUGACAUGCGAAAGAACUAUGGGGUGAACAUUAGAUAUGAAAAGGCGUGGCGUGCCAAAAAUGUAUGCUUGAAUCUGCUUAUGGGGUCACCUAAGCAUUCAUAUACUUUGUUACGCAAAUAUGGUGAAGCAUUGAAGGUUGUUAACGCAAGCAUUAUUUUUGAAGUGGAGCUGGAGGAAGAUAAGUAUUUUAAUUACGCAUUCAUGGCCCUCGGUUGCUGUAUUAGAGGGUUCUCCAGUUGUAUCCGCCCAGUUCUGGUGAUAGAUGAUGCACAUCUCAAGGGUAAAUAUAGAGGUGUUAUUCAUAUUGUUUUUUCUGUUGAUGACAACAAUCAAAUAUAUCCUAUUGCCUUUGGAAUUGUCGAUCGAGAGAGUGAUCAAUCCUGGACUUGGUUUCUGAACAUGGUGAAGACAUGUAUUGGAGAGGUGGAUGGGUUAUUAUUCGUAUCUGAUCAACAUGUGUGCAUUACGAAAUCUGUUAGACAGGUCUUUCCACAAGCGGCUCAUGGAAUAUGCAUGCAGCACUUGUCUACGAACCUGAAGGACAAGUUCAAGGACGAUGCCAUGCAAGAAAUGUUUAUAUUAGCAGYAAAGGCCUGCAGGAAAUUAGAGUUCAGAUACUAUUUUUCCCAACUAGCAGGGUUUCCAAAGGUCCAGCGAUACUUGGAAGGAAUUGGUUUUGAAAAAUGGACUUGUGCAUUUCAACCGGGUUUGAGGUAUGACCAAAUGACAUCUAAUAUUGCGGAGUCUAUGAAUGCAGUCCUUGUCCAUGCACGUUAUUUGCCAGUCACUACACUUCUGGAACAUGCUCGUGCACUCUUACAAUGCUGGUUUUAG